AUGAGUGAAGAGGGUAGUUCUGGAGUCAAAAGUCGACAGAAAACAAGCCAAGAGCUUUCUCAAGGCACAAGCUACAGAUCAAGCAGCUCGAUCAUUCUACGCGCAGGAUGCUCUAUUCUUUUGUUGGCCCUCUACAAUUGUUACUUACUUUUUAUCGCCCUGAUUGUCAGACAUUUUGCAAAAGAGCCCAGUAGAAGUACCUUUGAUAUUUCACGCCGGCCUUAUUUUCGUCCCGGAACAGACUUUGGUCGCCGUGAACAUCUAUUCGGUAUUGGAUGGUUUCUUGAGUGGCCAGGAGGUCAACGCCCUCUUAAUUCGACAUGGCCAUGGUCCGGAGUCAAACUUUCAAUCUUGGUACUGUGGGGAGUGUGUUGGAUGUUUUAUAUGCGAAUGCAGUAUUGGCAACAAGCACAACCUCACACUUCGCAUAGCCAUGGCCAUCCGCAGACAUCUUUGCGCAAGGCUUCCAGACCCUCAGCGUUUCAUUUGUCUCCAACAGCGAAGAAUUAUUUACCACUCGGUAAGCAGUAUGGAUUCCUUACUUUGUUCCAGAAAAAAGGCCAAGGAUAA